AUGGCCAACUCCUACACCACGAGAAACGGCUGUACGUCCAAAAGAGGGGCCUUCCUCGACGGCAUAUGGCAUUGCGAUUGUGACCCGCGCCAGCCAGCAAACAAGUGCCAAGUGAAAAAGGAAACCAAGAACCAUGGAAGAUGGUUCUACACCUGCCAAAAGCCGCAGCACAAACGGUGCGAUUUCUUCCUAUGGAACGACGAUGCUAAGAUCCGAGAAGAAGCCGCAGUCCUCAGUAGCUCUCGGUCAGAACCAAUUGCGCCCAUUCCACGCACUCCUAAGAAGAAAGAUCCUGACGCUCUGCCUCCUACACCGCAGACGCGGCCCGACAAUAUCAACAGACAACAGACGAAAGAGCCGGCACACCUUGAGCAUGAAGAGAGCUUCGAAUGGUCUUCUAGCAAUGACGAAGAACUGAUCAAGGCUGAACAAGACAUGUUGGAGAAGACGCCGUUCCAGACCCCGAAGAAAGCUCCUCGAACAGAGACUCUGACGUCGCCAGGCAAAAGGACUUUUGAUCAGGGGGCAGAGGAGGCCGUCCCUGCUAGCGAGGUAUGGCCUCUCAGCGACGAUAUCUUUACUACUCCUACUACAACCCAUCAAUCUGCGGGUAGCGGUUUGCUCUCACCAUCUAGUACCCCGGUUAAAAGAGCUGCACAACAUAUGGUGCGCGAAACGGAGCCAUCCACUCUUGCUUCUGAAGCGCUCAAUAUAUUGAGAAACUCCCAAAUCAGUUUGCAAGUUGAGAGGGAAUUGGUGGGUCUCCUCAAUAAGCACGACCUGCGCACCCAAGGCAUCAUUAAGGGCCGCGACAUUACUCGCUUGGCUGUCCAGGCCAAAGACAAAAAGAUUGCAGAGCUGCAAGCUCGAAUCUCGACCCUUGAGGCAGAAAAGGAAACAAGUAAGAGAGUCAUAUCACACCUGAAACAUGAUAUGGCGGCGUCUCCCAAGAAGGAUAAAGGAAGGAGUGUACGUCGCGGGCAACGACUAGAAGCCUGA